UCAAUCUAGAUCAAUGCAUGCAAAAUCAAGAUGGCUAAUAUUUAUUCAAGACGCGAGUGCGUGGCGGAAUAUAAAUGAGUCUGAUUGUAAUAUUGCAAGGUUCAAUGAAUAUAAACAAGAGCCAUUCGCAUCCUAGGCUCGCUGGGGUGUUUACCAAGUCACAGAACAGGCGUGAAGAAGUCAUUGUAGUCGCGUUGAAUCGAAGCCAAGUACAGGUUGGGACUUUUUUUUUUACUGAUAAUUUAGUCUAGAACUUAGCUGAAAGGUAUUUCUACUCUGUUAUUUUUAGUUAAGAUCAUAAGCUAGUCAUAUUUAAAUUCAAGAGGGUCUUUAUCGCUGUAGACUGGUUAUUUAAACAAUUAACAAAUUGCGUGUAUUUUAUUGCUGCAUUAUAACACUCCAAGGAAAAAAGGAACAAACACUUAUGCGGUAGAACUCCGGAAGAUUAAACCCCCUCUUAAAACCGCACACUUUCAAAACAGAGGUCAAAGAUUUUCAGCUUUGGUUACUUGUUCAUUCGCUGUCUAAACGCCUCACUGUUACUUUAAUCGUAGCAUGUCCACUGUAACGCCAAGAACCACGCGAACACCUGAUGACUCUUCCAAGCGAUGGAGCGCUCCACCUCGCUCAAACAAGACGAUGGGGCGAGCUGCUCGUGCUCCAGAACAAGUUCUCCGCGACGUUCGAGGCCUCAAGAUGCGACGAAGAGUUUCUUUGGCCCUGGGAGAUGACAUUUUACGCGGAGAGCUGGAAGACAUGAUUUCCGCACAUGGCGAGUACGCGACGACUCCAAGUGCUUUCCGCACUUACCAAGACUUCUUGAUUCCUUCGGGCUCUUUAAACGAUGCCGGUAGCAUCCCAGGCUUGUCCUCUUCGGUUAUAUCAGAUAUCAGAGGCGCUGAUACGUUGCACUACACUAAGAAAGACAGGCAACUGAGAUGCAAGCUUGCUUCUGUUUAUCGCUUAAUGCAGAUGUUUGGAUGGGCAAACGGGAUCUACGAUCGCGCCUCCUACAGUGUGAGUAUACUUUCAAUUAAAAAGCACUUUUCGUGAAUGGACAAGUAAUUUAUUGAUGGUAGACAAAGUGUGCCUCAUGUCGAGUUCUAUAACAUCUUACUGCUAGGAACAUACGUACAUCACACGGCACCAAUACUUUGCAUUCCGCUUCUUGUAAUUUCUCGUCAAGUUACAAUAUUUUCCUGUACCCAGUUUCAAGAAAACUUUCUAUUGCUUUUACUCCAGGAAUUUUUGUGUUUUCAAAAGAAAUUUGACGUGUUCUUAACCUCUUCUCAAACAUUUGGAUAACCAAGUAGGCAAGUUUUGUUGUCUAUUGAUAAUAAAAUUUCUUAAAGGGGUUGAGAGUAUAAAACUCUUCCCUUGUAGGUCUUAUGCCUGGAUCUUGGUAAAUUUAAUCAUGUUAAGGAUAUAUUUCCAUACUCACGCAUACAAAUGAAAUUUUAUUGAGUGUCAUUUGCCACCAAAUGCACAAUGGCAAUCCUUUUAGAUUUAUAUGAGUAUCAUCAAUUUUUUAAAAGCUCUAGCUUUUGGCAUGUACAUUUUUACUUAAAGACAAUAUUAAAAAUACCUUUUGAUGUUUCCAAAAGGUACGACUAAGACAAAGAUGUCAAAGUUUAUGUUAAUUAAACUGUACUGUAGACUGUAAAUAGAGUGAGAUAUAUAUAAUUCAAACAUAUUUUUUUUAUCCUACAUACGGAAAUUCUUCGCACAUUCAGUGAAUAUGAUUAUUGUCAUGUCUUUGUAAUAUACUUCGUCAACAAAACCUUGAUUGGUUCAACCCCUGUAACCCAUGUCUAUAUAAAUAUCGUCAUUCAGUGAGGGGUUGAUUUUUCUUUUUUCGUGCAGUGCGCUCCUGGCAUUGAUAAUCCUAGCAGUUUAUAUCAGUUGUCACACAUGUCAAAAUUGUGAUCCUACAAUGUAGUUGUGUAGAGUUACUCUACCCAGUGUGUUGAUACCUGUACGUGUACUUCAGUAGACAGAUCACCUGUCUGGAGUUCAAGAGGUCAUAGGCUCCAAUCCUUUCAGGGACUUCUUUUCUUUUUUUGUUCGCCUGUCGUGACAUGAUGAUAAUCGCAUCUUUCAUGAUAUUAUUAUAUUGAAACAUUUCCCAAUGAGUGCUAAAUCCUGAUAGGCUGAAUAUUUGAUAAAGAGUAUGGUUUUGUCAAAAUAUAUAACCAAAGACUUGAAAAUAAUUAAAUUAAUACAACAUCAAAACAUCACAAAAUGGACAGUAUUCUGAGGGAUUGAGAAUGUAAUGUAGCUUUUUCCUUCUUAUUUUUUUUGGGGGGGAGGGAGAAAGGAAGAUUUUAGGGCUUUUUAUAUUGUAAUGUAAUUUGCAAUUUGAAAUAUUUUAUAAGGGAAUGUGUCAACACCACUGUGGAUAAAUCUAAUAUCAAUUUUGUAGUUUUGCAUGUAUUUGUACUUUAAUACACAUGUAUUCAAAGGAUAAAUAUAGAAGAUAUAAGAUCUAGAUAUUAAAUAAAAUUGUUUAGUUGGUUUUAUAUGACAUUAAUGUUUUCAUGCAAGCAUGUGAAUGUCUUGAGUGAAGGGCUAUCAAUGAAAGCAGGACUUCCUGUGACUAAUGAAGGUAUUAUCCUUUAAAAUGUUGUUUGUUACUAAAAUAACUACAGCACACAUAAGUGAUGCCAAAAAAAAUUACAAUGUAAUAGUAUAUGUUGCUCCUUUUAAUUUGAUGCUGGAAAGAGAAAGAAGAGAAUUGUCCAAGAUUCCUUUUAUUCUUAAUCUGGAUUCUACCAUUUCAAAAAUAUUUUUUGAUUUUAUUUAAUUUAUGUUGAAUUUAGUUAAGAACCGGCUGACAGCUCAAAACAUUUUGUUCUUUUCAGUAAUUUUUUUCUGAUUUUGUAGUAACAAAAAAUGACAAAUAACAAAUUAUCGAUCUAAACAAGUUUACAAUCUCUAAUUAUCGCACAAAGACUUCCAGGCAUUCUUCAAAGAUGUCUGUAACAGUUUUUACUGAAGGAAAUGCUCCAUGACCAUAGAAUAACUGCAUGCCACAGGUUUUCUUUCUAAGCUCAAGCCUAGGACUGUAUAUAAUCCUGUCAGAACCAUCCUCAGAGACCAAUGGUCAUUCAGCUGGAUGGGUUGGGAAAAAAGGCGGGACAAAAUUUUUCAAGCAUGUCAGAACCUCCGUAGUAGAGAUUAGUUUUCACGGCUCUGAGAGUUCCAGUAACAAAGUACAAUGUACCUGUGCAGGGCUGCUAUAAGCUUUAUUAGCAAAUAAAUUACCUUGGAUGUCACCACAAAUAAAUGAUUUCUAUGAUAAUAUUUUUUGGAUAAUUAUUAGUAGUAUGGAAUUAUUAUUAAAAUGUGGUGUGAAAAGCAUUUUUUGAUAGCUAUUGUUAUGUCAUUUUACUGCUUGUUUAUUAUUCUGUGUCUACCAAACCUGUCAGUUAUCAGUGAAGGUCAUGAUUUUGAAGUCUUGUUUAGCUGGUUUUCGGCUUUUUUAUUUUUUUCCUCCAAGAUCAGGUUCUAUGUCGGGUUGAUUUGUAAAAUUGAUAAUUGGAUUGUCAGUUUGACAAUAAUUAUUAAUAAUUUAUCACUCCUACAACAGACCUUAUUCAUUACACUCUCCAUCUUUGCAUGCGCUAUAGGAUUGAUUGGAAAAAUUCAAUGUUAUGUGGUAUUUCAGAGGGCAAAUUAGUGCUAAAAUUUGCCAAAUCCUGGUCAUGUUUGUUUAUUCUCUCAAAAUGUGAUGAGGAUUUAAUAAACAGGCAAGAUGUACAGUUUGAGUUUCACCGAGUUUUACGUCAUUAUUGUUUGCUGUGAGGACAUCUACAGUUGCUACAUGUACUGUGCCCAAAAAAGUAACAAUUAUGAUCACUUCCACCCAUAACUUGCCAUUAUGAAUAUCGUCUCUGAGAUAAAAAGUUUGCUUUUUUCUGUUGUCAAGAAUAAACAAACUCGAGCACGAUUUCUUAUAUAGACUGGUUUUAUCACUCGUUUGCCCCCCUGAGAAACCAUGUGACAUUGCUUUUAUCCCAUCAGUCCUAAAGCCCGUGCAAAGAUGGCAGGUAUCGUGAAUAAGGUGUAUUGUUAUUGUAAAUUAGGAAGCUUAAGAAAUUAGUUGAAAGUUUUCCUAAUUCUUAAUUUCCUUGCAGGUUUGUGCAACUGGUGAUGACAAUGAAGAAAAGCGAUAUUUUAUUGCUCCAACUGGUCUUCUUUUUGGUGAAGUGACGGCCUCGUCGAUUUUGAAAGUUGACCACAAAGGGAACAUUGUUGAACAGGGAAAUACCAAUUUGGGUGUGUCCAAGACAGUGUUUGAUCUUCAUGUGACCAUUCACUCAGCAAGGAAAGAUGCUAAGUGUGUUCUAUUUUUAACUGCUGAUUCUGUGAAUGUGGUAAGUAUUGUACCAUAAUAAUAAUAAUAAUAAUUAUAUUAACAAUAACAAUAAUGCUGAUGAUAAUAAUAUCUAAUGAUUUGUAUAGCUCCAAAAACUAUAAGUCCAAGUCCAAUGGCACCUUACAAAAAUCAAUAUAAAAAACUAGGAGAUAAAAAUAGUACAAUAUACAAUGAUAAAUGAUAGAUAAGUGAAAAUGUUUUCAACAACAAUGACAACAACAACAAAACUAUCAUGGGGGACCGAUAACAAAACUGCCAGAGAUUUGAUAUAAAAGUAGCUUCUUCUGAUUCUUAGAAUGUAAACUUAUCCUUGGAAACCAAGGGACAGCUAACUGGGAUGAAUAACAUACAGUGUAUAAACAAAGUCGAUAACUGCUGAAUUGCAAAGUUUACAGAAAAACCGGUGUGCCCAGCAGCUUAACCCUUUAGGUACCAAGAUUGACCAAUAUUGAUUUUCUCGUAACAACAACAGCAGAUCCUCAAGAGUAAAGGUUAUGAGAAUUACUAAAUUAAUUACCAAAGGGAGAACACUGUGAUCUUAAGCCAAAAUUCUCUCAGCUGUUCUUAAAAGAAAUGUGUGGAGAUCAGUCGUGAGAAUUUGUAUGGGAUCUUGGGACUUAAAAGGUUAAUUUGAGGGAUACCUUAUAACCCUGGCUAGUAACUUCUGUGAAACAGUGCUGAGACCCUUGUUCUGGGCCCCCAAUGGACUCAACGGAAGUGCGUUUACCGGAAGUACAUUAAAAAAUUCCUAUAACCCAAUAAAAUGGCAAAUCGACAAUGGUAUUUUUAACAGACGACUCUAGGCAUAUGUGGGGAACCAGAACAGGGAUUUCGGGGCUGGCUCACAAAUGGACUGAACCAGAGGUUAGGUCUGUGGUGCAGGCCACUUUACAGGCAUUUUGGAGAGGGGUCAUUUUAAUAAUUUAAAUAUUCAUUUUAUUUUUAUUUCACAAACAGCAUAAUUUAUAACUGAAAAACUCAGUAAGGAUAUUGAAAAUUUAAGUAUAGGGCACCCAAUAUUUCACUAGCUUUGAAUUUGUGUGUGAUUGUCAUUUCUUUUUUCUGUAAGGUGUCUGCAAUAAAACAAGGACUUGUGCCCAUCUCUCAAGAAGGAGUGGCUGUAAGUACUGCAAACUCGCUGUCAUUUGUCCUCCUGUGAAAAGCUGUACAAAUCUCUCUUCACAUCUUCUCUACACAAAGCAUCUAGAUAAGCUCAGAUUUGGCUUGUUUCUCUUGAUCUGUCUAUCAUUAUAAGAUCAGCCUUAAGAAAGUUGUAUCUGAUAGCCUAGGGCUAGCAGAUUUGGGGGGAAUUUAAAAUGAUACAAAAGUGCUGUACCAAUGUUAAUCCUAAUAAAUUCAUGUGUUGGAAUUGAAAAUGGGUUUUCGAGCUGAGCUGAGAAAGUGAAUAAUCAUUACAAUUAUUAUUUUUACAAAUUAUGCCCAAGUAAUAAAUAAAUUAAUUAUGUAUUUAAUAAAUAAAUAAUAAUAGUUUAGUAAAUUAUUAAUCCUGCUUAUCAAAAUUGUGUUUUUGGCCUAGUUAAAAUAAUUCUUGGGCUGGUUAAUGCUGAGUUUCUUUGCACCCUGAAAAAUAAGUCUGGUUUCUUUGCAUGCUUUGGAAAACAAAAUGUAAAUUUUCACCCAAAGAAUCUGAAUACACUAGGUACAUCCAGUUCGGUUUAAUCAAAGGACAUUAUGCUAAAAGAUUUUACAGCUUACUGUUUUCUGCUUCUUGUAGGUUGGUGAAGUUUCCUAUCAUGAUUAUCCUGGGAUCAGCCUCGAUGAAGAUGCCAAAGAAUCGUUAAUCAACAGCUUUGGCUCUUCAAGCAGGGUAUGGCUAGAUUUCAAGUCAUGCAAAUUUCUACCCCCACAGGAUGCAGGGAGAAUACAAAACAAAAAACUUUUACAACAAAAGUUGAAUGCGCAAGUUUGAGAAUGUGAAGCUCACAUACUUCCAUUUCAUGAAUAUUCAAUUUUUGCAAUUGCUACAUGCAACAACAGGGUAAAAUAAAAAAAUGUAAGUGUUAUAAAGCAUGUUGUCUGUAAGCAGGGGUUGUUAUCUUUUUAUUAUACUACUACAUGAGAAAUUUCUGCAAUUUGAUUGGCUUAGAGCAGUGAUAUUUCAGCUUAAUUUGAAAUACCUACAUGUGAAAAUUACAAACCUUUUGCUGGUAGUAGUAUAAACAAAUAAUAGCAUGAUUUGUACGUGAUAUUUGGCAUAAAUACCACUCGUGUUAUUUCAAAAUUAUCUCAAAUUUCACUUGCCUAACGUCUUGUGAAAUUACGUAUAACAAUUUUGAAAUAUCACUCGUGGUAUUAUUUAAGCCAAGAAUCACUACUAAUCAUGCUAUUACCUAUACAAAUACUAUUUUAUAAUUUGUUUUUCUUUCCUUCAGGUUUUGGUAGUCAGAAACUAUGGUGCCAUUUGUGUUGGGGAGACAAUAGAAGAGACAACCUACCUAGCUCAUCUACUUGUAACUGCUUGUAAUCAACAGGUACUAUACUCUCUGGCUAAUAAUUGUGGUGUAGAAAAAUCUUCAUGGUGGUUAUUUGAAUGUCAUUAUAGUACAUUGCUACUGUCAACUCCCGUUAGAUUGUCCUUAAUAGAGACCUUUAGAGUCAAGGAAAAGACGAGUUGACUGAGGGUUUUUUUUCUUUUUUUUUACAUAUUCUCAAAAAGUACACACCCCACAAAGCUUCAUUUUAUUUUUUUUUGUUUGUUUUUGUUUUUGUUUUGUUUUUCCCAAUCGAAAAAGGCCUAAAGGGAAGAAGCCAAGAAAAGAAGGGUCCUGAGCAGGGGGUACAAAGUGUGGGAGGUGGGAGGUUUGGAUCCCCCCACCCCCUCCCCACUUAAUGCCUUAAGGACAGUUUCUUUCCACCAAAUGUGUUACAGUUAGCUAUAAGAUACAACACCUAGAAAUGAAAGGACUGUUUAUGCCAGGAGGAACAUUAGCCCUUAUGCAAAGUCUUUUUUCUUUAUCCUUGCAACUUUCUCUAUCAAUGUAAUAUAACUAGGUAAUUUUUUUCUCUUUGCCUGUAGGUAUAUUUUAUUGACGUAGUAACUGGUGUUUUCUAUAGGUAAUUGCAAUGAAAGCUGGGAUGGACGAGUUGCGCAUUAUCGAUGAUGAUGUUAAAGAGCAAAUGAUGAGUGCCUUUAAUGGGGGCCUGGAUGCUAAUGAGAACCAACACAAGCUAGCCGAAUUAAACUUUGAAGCCUGGAUGCGUCAGUUAGAUGCUAAGGUAAAAUCAUUGAACACUAUGCAACUUUACACACGUAGUGUUAGUAGUGUUGUACAUACCGCAUAAGACUUUUUCAUCAAGUUAAAAACUUUUAAGUACGUUUUCUUAUACAACCACUGUUUCAGAUUUACUAAAAAUAAAAACACAUUUCCAUACUUCACAUUUCUUUCCCCAUACCUCCCCCGGAUACCUCCCCAAUAGUCCAGUUUCGAAUUAAAAAUUACCGCUGAAUGUAAACAUUAGCGACACAUUCAUACAGGGUUAGCCUCGACGUAAAGUAAAAUAUUCAGAAAUUCUGGCAAGUAAGUGUUUGAAAUUUGAAUAUACACAAUACACAGAGUAAUAAACAGGUCUUUUUCUCGUUGGAAUUUGUGAAUAUAUUACUUCAGAUUGAGGCUAAGGCUGUAAAAAAUGCGUCUUCACUUGGACUAUUCUCGAGGCAAAAACCCCGAGAAGGCGUCUUCCCAGGCCUUCUCGGGCAAUCCAGUUUGGUGACGUAGCCGAGAAGAACGUAGCCUACGUACUGGUGGAUUGUCCAAUCAGCAUUCGUCCGCUAAUCCCGCCUGCUUUGCAGGCUAAGACGAACGUCACAAACUCGGUCGGACCAUGUGACCGGAAACGCAAGGCCACCCGGAAUAAUGAAGCUUAGGGAAUAGGCAAGGGGUUAUAGAGGCUUCCCGGUUCCUACGUAAUUUUCAUUAUUAAAGCCGUAACGAUAUUGAUAGGGCUGCUCUGUUCAGGGUUCGUAUAGAGUCUUGAAUUCUUGAAAAAGUCUUGAAAUUUGCCCAGCAAUUUUCCAGACCUGGAAAAAGUCUUGAAAAUAGAGAUAAAGUCUGGAACAUGGUAAAAAGUCUUAAGUAUUUCAAAACAACAAUUGCUUUUUAAGUGAAUUCGUUUAUUGUUUUUGUCAAGUCUUAUUCAAUCUUGGCCUUGUACGUUUCAGUGCAUCAUGAAAAAAGCUUUCUUCCUGCUUUUUUUAAGGGUUAUAUUGAUCACCUAUUCGAUAACCUUGUGUCUGGAAAAAAAAUUAUUGUUUUGGAAAAAGGUCUGGAAAAAAUCUGUACGAACCCUGUAUGAUACAUUUUCCCACGAUACGAUACGUCACUGUAACCUCUCCUUUAUUCGCCUACGAAACUUUGAAGCCGAACUAUUCCCAAGCUUUUGACUUGUAUCGAGCAUUUCAAAUCUGUGCUUAUUCGAAGAAGUACUGUUUACUGGAUUUGAAUCUCAAGACGUCACUUGUUUGCCAAUGAUUGCACAGGUGUCCACUCUAGACUUUCAGCAGACAUACAAUAUUACUGUAGACUUGAGACUCCUUUCUCGCAUGGGGUGAUUUUAGCACAGGCUCACCUGUUUCGCUUGCUCAGGAAGAAUGAGGAAUUUCUCGAAGUCUUACAUGUAUAUUGCUGUGUCUCUAGCAUUCCCGUUCGUACUCAUCUCAAGUUCGUACUCUUAGGGUUGCAAGACUGGUUACAACUACAGAAACGCUGACAUCUUCAAGAAACCAGAAGAGAAGGAGUCUAAGGCACGCGAGACAGCCCCACCCAAGGCCUAUAACGCGCGCACAGACUUUGCAUUCUACCGGAAGACAGAUGGGCAUCCUGUGCGGCGUACUCAAUCUCUGGGACGUGGGAACACUUACAGGUAAAGGGAUACGUUCUGUGGCCCCUUCUUUUAUGUCCUCUAUUUUUGGCCCUAAAAGACGUUCAUUUACCCCAUAUCUGAAUAAUCAAAAUGCUAUGUUGAUAGAGAGAUUUAAAGUCACGUUCACGGCAAACGUCAGAUUCAAGUCGAGAAAUUCUCAAAAUAGGAAAUGAGCAGAUAGAAACAGCUGAAAACAAUUCUUAUGGAUAAAACAGACGGGAAUCUGCUGAUUUACCUGUAGUUAUAGUGAACAGUAAGCUGAAAGUACAGGGAGAAGUCGGUCUCGUGGUACAAACUCACGUUUGCCGUUCUAAUGCCAACUACGAGCCAUCUUCCAUCUUUUAGAGAUUGUUUCCCUAGUUUUGUGCCUUUUUGUGCGAGUAGCCAUUAUACAUGUAAACGGGACAUGUUGACUGCUAACUUUUUUCGUGUACUUAGCAGUUUACCAAAUACAAGUUACCGUAUCCAUUCGAUUAAGUGCCGAACCUCGAAUUAGCUUCCACCUUGAAUAAGCACCCACCCCACCCACAAGGAAAGGUUAAAAAGUGCCCAACCUUGUACACAGCCUCCUUGUGCAAACAAGGUUUAUUUGCCUGAAAAUAAAAAAAAUAAUUUUGAUAUCAAUGGCUUUGUACUUAGCUUUGAAGCAGAGGCAUGGGGAAACUUAGAGCAACGUCUUGUUCAAUACUUAUGAAUAAACAGUUUGAUUAAAUUUAAUUCUUCUUUUUCCUUGUUGCUAGGAGUCGACUCAAGUGGCUCAAUGCGCCAGUCAAAGCCACUGAAUACAAGAUGGAGCGAGAAUUGGACAACUCAGAGCCUGUGCUGAUUAAGGACAUGAAGCCAGAAAAUGAAGACAAAGAUGAGGAGGUAAUUGUGCACUAGAAUGGCAAAUUCAUAAUAAUAGUGAUAAUGAUAAUGAUAAUUAAUGGUAAUGAUAAUGACAAUAAUAAUAAUGAUAAUAGUAAUCAUAAUAAUAAUAAUAAUAAUAAUAAUAAUAAUAAUAAUAAUAGUAAUAAUAAUAAUAAUAAUAAUAAUAAUAAUAAUAGUAAUAAUAAUAAUAGUGACGAUGACAUUAUUAACUCUUACAGAAUAUCAGGGAUAAACAAUUGAAAAAAUGUUGUGGGGGGAGAAGAUAGAGUUUGAGGGCAAGUCUCUCUAGAUAGUGAGUGAGGGGUGAGGUAUUUGCAGUAGCAGGUUAGCACUGUGCAUGGGUAGUGAAUGCUAUUGACUAUUCACAACUCACAUUUUUUGUACUUUUUAUAUGAUGGAAGUGCGAAUUGGCCCUCCUGCACUUCCUGUUGAUGUACAGUGUUGUGCUCUUGCCUGUUCACUGCAAAAAGUCUAUUCAUGCUUCAAAAUCGGACUUAUUACAAUCUUGAUUCUAGUUGGGCUGAAUUGUUUUUGUUGUAUUGCUCGAAUUUGGCUCUUUUUUUCAAUACAGGUAUUUAUCACCACGAAAGUCGUUUCGGUUAACGAGUCUGCCCCGGAACCGGAAGUCACAGAGGAAGUGGUGACGUUUGUCCAAGCAGAGAAACGACACUUCGAGCCACAAGACAUUCAGUUCAUUCUUGAUGACUCUCAAGAUGACCUGGAUGCUAACGUUCGACUGGUACGCGAACCGGUUGGUGUUAUGCGUAGGAAGUCUGGUAACAAGGUGAAGAAGCGACGAAGCUUCAGAGAGAAGUUCAAGAGACUGAGCGUCGGGUAGUAAAACAACAUAAUUGUCUUGUCCAAAGCCUCCAAACCACGCUAGUGUUUUAUUUUAGAACUUUUUCGUUAAAUUUCCAGCUAAAUUCGUCCCUCGUCAUUUGUGUAGACAUUUUUCUUUU